UGCUGCCCCAGGGAGCACAUCUCCUUGUCCACACUAGUGUGGGUGGCCGGCAGAGCCGAUACAUCCUCAGUCCACCUCUCCCUCAGGAUCUGGGUCCCCAGCUCAGCCCGAGACACCCCCAACACUGGGAGCACGGGCCACAGGCUGGCGGGGACAGCCAUGAGGGAUGUGCUCAGCUCCAGGUACCGGCAGAGCCUCGUCCAUCUUGCCUGGAUGUGCCUGUUCUCCUCCAUGCCGAAUGGUGGGGCCAAGGUGCUGGAGAAGACCUUCGAGGAAUGGAUGCGAUACCGGGACGAGUGCUUGAGGAGGAUGGCGAGCGAGCCCUACCCGGCAGGGCUCUUCUGCAACCGGACAUUCGACAUGUAUGCCUGCUGGCCCGAUGGGAGCCCUGGCACCGCCGUCAAUGUCUCCUGUCCCUUCUACCUGCCCUGGUUUGAGAAAGUGAAACACGGGCUGGUGAGCCGCAGGUGUGGCACCGACGGGCAGUGGGUGAUGGUGAACGGCAGCCAGCCCUGGCGGGACUACUCGCAGUGCGAGGAGGAGAUGGAGUCCACCGCUGAGGAGGAGGGUGCCCGCCGGCUGAUGGUGAGCUUCAAGGUGCUCUACACCGUGGGGUACGCGCUGUCGCUCCUGACCCUCAUCUCUGCCCUGCUCGUCCUCACCGUCUUCAGGAAGCUCCGCUGCACCAGGAAUUACAUCCACGCCAACCUCUUCGCCUCCUUUGGGCUGCGGGCAACCUCGGUGAUGGUGAAGGACGCGCUGCUGGAGAAGCGCUGGGGCAUGGAGCUGGUGCAGGUGGCUGACUGGGAGGCUCUGCUGAGCCAUGAGGCGGCGCUGGGCUGCCGGGCGGCGCAGGUGCUGAUGCAGUACUGCAUUCUGGCCAACCACUACUGGUUCCUGGUGGAAGCCGUCUACCUCUACAAGCUGCUGAUUGGGGCCGUCUUCUCUGAGAAGAAUUACUACAGGCUCUACCUCUACCUGGGCUGGGGGACCCCUGUGGUGUUCGUGGUGCCCUGGAUGGCUGCCAAGUACCUGAAGGAGAAUGCGGAGUGCUGGGCGCUGAAUGAGAACAUGGCUUACUGGUGGAUCAUUCGCAUCCCCAUCCUGCUCGCCUCCCUGAUCAACCUGCUGAUCUUCAUGCGGAUCCUCAAGGUGAUCCUGGCCAAGCUCCGUGCUAACCAGAAGGGCUAUGCAGACUACAAGCUGCGGCUGGCCAAAGCUACGCUCACCCUCAUCCCCCUCUUUGGGAUCCACGAGGUCGUCUUCAUCUUUGCCACCGAUGAGCAAACCACGGGCAUCCUGCGCUACAUCAAGGUGUUCUUCACCCUCUUCCUUAACUCCUUCCAGGGCUUCCUGGUGGCCGUGCUCUACUGCUUUGCCAACAAGGAGGUGAAGUCCGAGAUGAAGAAGAAGUGGCAGCUCUGGAAGCUCGACCACCCGGCGCUCUGCUGCGCCCAGUGAUGCAGCAACCAACCCCGCAGGGCCAGGAGCCAGGGGCUGCUGGCCACA